UCCUAGUCCUGUUUUGGAACUUUCACUGAAGUUAAGAUUUGUUUAUGUGCAUUAAUACUAGGGUACUUCUUCAGCCAUGGCUGCUUUUGUUCGGAGAGUCACCAAAAUACCAGACAAAGAUCUGUCAGAUCUGUCGGGAAAUGAUUUAACGCGCUGGGGACUGUCAGGUAUCCAGCUGAGGUCCUACCAGCUAGAUGGCGUAAGGUGGCUGACACAGAGCCUGAAGCACCAAGAGGGAUGCAUUUUAGGGGAUGAAAUGGGUCUUGGGAAGACAUGUCAGACUAUAGCCUUGCUGCUGUAUGCCAAAGGAGCCCUGGGGAAGGCGGGACCUUUCCUGGUGCUGAGUCCACUGUCAGUGAUGGACAACUGGAGACAGGAGAUGCAGCGCUUCUCCCCCGGCUUGGCUGUGGUGUGUUACUCUGGCGACAAGGAGAAGAGGGCGGAGCUACAGGCUGAGCUAUUGGCUGACAGACGAUUCCAUGUCCUCCUCACAACCUACGAGAUGUGCCUUAAAGACGCUUCAUUUUUAAAGAGGUGGAAGUGGAAGAUCCUGGUUGUGGAUGAAGCUCACAGGUUGAAGAACCAGAACUCUCUGCUACACCAGACGUUAUGUGAGUUCUCAGUGGGUUUUAGGGUCCUGCUGACUGGCACGCCCAUCCAGAACAACCUGCAGGAGGUCUACUCCCUGCUCAGCUUCGUGCAGCCCAGCCUCUUCCCUCCCUGCGAUGCAGACGACUUUGUCAGCACCUAUGCAGACGUCCAGACAUGCCCAGACCUGGCGAAGGAGCUGCAUGGCGUGCUGCAGCCGUUCCUGCUGCGGAGGGUGAAGGCCGAGGUGGCCACUGAGCUGCCCAAGAAGACGGAGCUGGUGAUGUUCCACGGCAUGUCCGCCCUGCAGAAGAAAUACUAUAAAGCCAUCCUCAUGAAGGACCUGGAUGCCUUUGGAGUGGAGCAGGCCAGUAGGACCAGGCUGCUGAACAUCCUCAUGCAGCUGCGGAAGUGUGUGGAUCACCCUUACCUGUUCGACGGAGUGGAGCCAGAACCCUUUGAGAUGGGGGAGCAUCUGGUGGAAGCCAGUGGGAAACUGUUGCUACUGGACAGCAUUCUGGCAUACCUGUGCACUGAGGGCCACCGAGUUUUGCUGUUUUCCCAGAUGACCAGAAUGUUGGACAUACUGCAAGACUAUUUGGAGUACAGAGGCUACAGCUACGAGCGUCUGGAUGGCUCUGUGCGCGGAGAGGAACGCAACCUGGCCAUCAAGAACUUCAGCACCAAAGACGUGUUUGUCUUUCUCCUCAGCACGAAGGCUGGUGGUGUGGGCAUGAAUCUCACGGCUGCUGAUACAGUAAUAUUUGUGGACAGCGACUUCAACCCCCAGAACGAUCUUCAGGCCGCAGCCCGAGCCCACCGCAUUGGCCAGACAAGGGCUGUGAAGGUGGUGCGUCUGGUGGCGAGGGACACGGUGGAGGAGAUCGUCUACAGACGCGCCAUCAGCAAACUGCAGCUCACAGACACAGUCAUCGAGCACGGACGCUUCUCACUGCUCGACCAGGCCCAGUCUGCUGCCGCUGGCCUUCAGUUGAGUGACAUCCUGAAGUUCGGCGUUGACAAGCUGCUGGCGUCGGAUGAGAGCUCGGUUCAGGACGUGGACCUGCGGCUGAUCCUGGGUCAGUCUCGUGACGGCCACUGGCUUACAGAGGAGGACGACUUGGCCACUGCACCGCCCACCACAAAGGAUGUGGAGGACGGGGAAUCCGGAGGAGCAGACACAGAUGGACAAAACCACAUGUACUACUUUGAGGGUAAGGACUACUCCAGAGACCCCAGCAGUGAGGACCAGGAGGCCUUUGAUGCCCUGAUGCAGGAGCAGCUGGAGCAGCUACAGAAGGCUGGGGAGGAGGGACGUGCACUACGCUGCAAAACCAACGCCUCGUUAGCGGGGCCCCUGCGGAGUCCGCUGCGUCUGAAGCGGCCCCUGACUGCAGACGAGCUGGAGCAGAGGAGGCAGCGGAGGCAGGAGGCGGCCGCCAAGAGGGCCAAGCUGGCGGAGGAACGCAAGAGGAAGCAGGAGGAGGAGAAGCAGCGCAAGAAGUUGGCGUGGUGGGAGUCAUGUGGGUACACCUCCAGGUGUUUGCCUGGCUUGGACUCAGAGGGAGAGGAUGAAGAGAAUGCUGAUGAAGAGGACGAUGAUGAUGGCAGUGGCUGCUCCUCGGACUCCGAACACAUGGCCAUACGCUACGCCCUCGGUGAUGUCACACACCCGCACGCCGCCAAGGAGGGCGCCAUCAUCCUGCACUGCAUUGAUGACUCUGGCCGCUGGGGUAGAGGGGGUCUGUUCACUGCGCUGGAGGUUCGCUCAGAUGAGCCUCGUAAACAGUACGAGCUGGCGGGCAAGAUGAAAGAUCUGGAAUUGGGACAUGUGCUGUUUUUCCCUAUCGAUGACAAGCAGUCCAGGCUGGAUGGAAAAGACUAUCUGGCUCUGAUCGUGGCCCAGACGAGAGACCGAAGCAACAACCUGUCUGGCAUCCUGUUGAGCGCCCUGGAGGAGGGCCUGAGGAAGAUCAGCAGAGUGGCCAAGGCGACCAGAGCAAGCGUCCACCUUCCCCGCAUUGGUCACGCCACGAAAGCCUUCAACUGGUACGGCACGGAGAGACUCCUCCGCAAGCACCUGGUCACCAGAGGCAUCCCCACCACCGUCUACUACUACCGCAGGGGGUCCUCUGUCAGUGCCACAUCAGCUGCCAGCGCUGGCCCGUCAACAUCAGCACACCCGCCAGCUGGGGACCAGGGCAGCAGCUCGUCACCACGAGGAGUGUCACCGUCGCCUCCAUCCUCACCAUCACCACCUGCAUCGCCAGCUUCCUGGCACUCCUCCAGCCCCGAGGCCAAGGAGCAAGGGUCAGGUCAAGCCAGGGGAGACGGGCCAGAGGAAGCGUCCGCAGCCGGCCACAGCUCUGCCUCCUUCAGCCUGUCUGACUUCAUGGGGGGCGUCCACGUCUUCUUCUACAACAUGGCCGCCUCUGACAGGAAGAGACUGGCCCGACACCUCAUCGCUUAUGACGGUGACGAAGAGGACAUCAUGAGCUCCCAUGUGACCCAUAUUGUGGCCGAGGUGGAGAGUCCUGCACACACACAGGAGCUGUGUGGGCUGGUGCAGCAGUACCCUGGGGCCCAGGCUGUCCACAAGAGAUGGCUGGAGGCCUGCUUCUCCAGACAGGCUAAAGUCAACACCUCUCCCUUCCUGCUUCAACUACAGUAGCUCUUAAUACCGGUAUAGAUGCUGCAUGUGCUACAGUUAUACUACUGUCAAUUAUGCAUAUGUAUUGUGCUCUACUGCCUUUCACCAUUAGUGGUCAUCACUACCCUAUUUAUUGAAGUCAGAGUGUCAUGAAGAUGAAAUGGAAUGGAAAUAUAAACAUUUUGAUCUAUUUCAGUUUCAAACUGUUAACUGUUAUUUGAAGUGUGUACAUGGUUGGUUGUUGUAAAAGAAAUUGUUUCUGUACAAAUUUCUGUCGUAAAGAAAAUUCAAUUGUGUAAUUUGUUCCCAACAUGCAUUUUCAAAGUGAAGUGCUUUUUAUGUGAUGUAUUUUUCAUGCGUUUGCAUGAAGUGCAACGAAAAUGACUGAGGUUGAAUAAAUGCCUGCUUUGUCUACUACA